ACAGAUCACUUGAACACUUUUCUUAACGUUUAUUAAGUUCAAACUAACCUCACAAGGUUUUAAUCACCUUCUCAAAGCAAAACUGUAUCAUCCAACAUGACGCGGGGUUUUUAAUUCAAGCGAUCCGAGUUGUCAGAACAUCUUCAGGCCUCCCCUGGUGUUUCUAACCGCGUCGCUCUCUACCGACCAACUGGAACAACGGCUUCAAUACCUUAACGCCAGCGCUCAUAAGCAUAACCCAUCUGCCAUGACAACCGUGUUUUCUUUUUCACACCUGGCGGUUCAGGUGAUCACAAGACAAAACGAUGCACUUAUCACUCCAGCUUGAGUAAAGACUGUAGACCUGCAAGCCUGUGUUUAUCAGAUUGUCCACCAUGAAGGUUGUUGCUGUUCUCGCUUUGUUGGUGGUGAAUCUGCGUUUGAGCCGUUGUUGUUACGGAGAAGGACCGAUUUUAUUGUGCCUGCAGAUACCACAAGCUUUCAGCCCCGGUUAUUCAACUCUGGUGAUGAUUCUGAAGGACGUCGGAGAAAUUAAUUCCACCGCGUUACGCAGCGACGACCUCACCUCUGUCACCAGGCUCAAGAUCGUCGACGCCGGAGUCACAGGAGUCGCCGCGAGAGCCUUCAGCUCCUUUCAAAACCUCACCAGUCUCCAUUUAGAGCAGAACCUCCUGACAGAGAUCAGCCCGAGCUGGUUCAGCAGGCCCGCUGUCCUCCAUGAACUCAACCUCACACAAAACCUAAUUGAAGUUCUGAACGAGUCCAUGCUGAACGGGUUCACUGGCCUCUCGAGGCUCAGUGUGAAUAAGAACAGGAUCAGAACUAUUGAUCCGAACUCUUUUAACCUCCUAACCAACUUGGCUGAGUUGGACUUGUCUGACAACAGGAUGACGAAGGUCUCACCUCAAGUCUUCGUGUCUCUCAACUCCACCAGGAUGAGACUCGAUGGGAACCCCUGGGACUGUUCAUGUGAGGCGGAAGAGUUUGUUGACUUUCUAAAAGAUCUACGGAGCAGAUCUCUGCUGGAGGAAGAGAUGAAGGUGACCUGUGAGAGUCCUCCAUCCCUGAAAGGUCGACCUGUGUGGAACGUGUUGGUGUGUGUGACGUCACCCCCACCAGGACCAUCCGCUGGAACAAAAACCUCACCCACCGAUGUCCCUGCACCAACUUUAUUGACCGCAACUUCCAUGACUUCACCUUCAUCACCUUCAUCAUCAGUCACAGAAACCUCCAUCCACCAGCCCGUAACAGACCCUGCAGCUACUGGAAUCACUGAAACUCGUGUCACAUUUCCACCACGACCUCCGUCAGAUCCAAAUAUCGUCGGCACGCUCAUCGCUGUGAUCGUGGUCCUCUGCGUGCUGCUGUUUGUGGUUUGUGUCUUCGCCGUGCUGUACAGGAGGAAACGCAACAGCAAAGCGGUGAUGCCCGGACCUCAAAAAGAAGAUGGCAGGUUGAGUCGUGCAUCUGCGGGACUUUCUGAGAAGAGAAACUUCACUGGAAACAAACAGGCGGACUCAGAGACGGGACGGAGGAGACCGUUUACUGGAGUCAGAGCUAAAUCGGCAAAUGCUUUGCUCUUCACAUCUCCUUUUUGUGUGUUUGGGAAAGAUCAAGCGACUUUACAAACUGCGAUAGAGGCUUCAUCAAAAGACACAGAGAACCCAUCUGAAGGAAAGCAGACAGCGGGGAGUGAAAGCGAAGCAGCGGGAGGUGUUGAAGCAGAAAAUAUCACAGAUUCUACUGAUGUGAUGAAGAAAAACAAGAAACAAGCUCUAGAUGAAGACACCCACUGUGUUUCUGUCAACACUGAAACGGUGCCUUAUCUGAGCAUCGGUACCGACCAGAACAAACCCGAUGAUUUCAACAAACAGUCCGCUGACAGUCAGGGUCAAAGGUCACAGACGGGUAAAAGUAUGGCGAGGAUCUCCACCUGGCCUCCGACUGCAGUUCAGUGGCAGGAAAGAUGCAAGAUGAAGGAAGAAGAAGAAGAGGAAAGAGCUGGUGAGUGUUUCAAGUUUCAAAGUGAGGAGAAGAAAGUGCAAAGCAAAGAGAAUCCGUCGUUUUUUGACAAACGGGGAGUCAAAGCCGAGCAAACGGAAGAAUUAACGGCUCUGACGAGAGACCCAGUUCUCUCAAAAGUCUCAGAGUUCUUAAAACCAAGUGACAAGACUUCAGAGUCCGCGUCAGAUCAUGUAAACAACUGCUGCUCCCAUCUCAGCGAUGCUCAUAACCAGACUGAUCUGAGACAAGAGGAGGGGGUCCAGGACUCAGCCGCUGCACCAGAGACAAGUGAGCUCCAAAAACCGAAUCUGGAACAACUCAAACCCGCAGAGAAGCUUCCGCAGAAGAUCAGCAGUAAGAGCUGCGACAAGGGAGAGCUGAGAAACGAGCCAAAGCGACAGAGGGCAGAAACUAGAAGUAGAAGCUCGAAGGCUCCUUCUGACGGCGCCUCACCGGAUGAUGAGACCCUGCUGGACGGCAACGAGUACGCCUUCAUGGACCUGCUGCAUGAGGUGGUGCAGAACAACGGCCGCUGGACCAGAGAGAGGUGGAAGCAAGUCAACAAGCAGCGCCUCAACCAGCAGGGACAAUAAGUCAGAGGCACUGAAGGAGUUAAGAGGGAGAUUUACUCCCAAGUUUAAAGUUUUGUAAACAUGACAUCACAUUACAAUGUUGUAAUUUCAUUUACUCUUUAAGAAAAAUGUUAUUUUUAAAGUAAUCUUGUGAGAUUAAAUCAAUGCUUAAAGGAAUAGUUUGACAUUUUGAGACAUACACUAAUGCUUUCUUUGCAAAAAAUCAGAUAAAGAGAUUGAUGUGACUCUCAUGUCUGGCAGUUAAAGGGUUAUUCCAGUGAUUUUGUUUUGUCCUUCUAUAAAGUCGGGGGAUAAGAGGCGGAUUUAAAAAAAGAAUGAAGCAGAGAAGGCCAAGACAUCCUGACUUUAAGUCUCUAGUUUGAGUCAAACACUGGGGCCUACAUUUCCCAUCAUGCAACAUAUGCUGCAUUCAAGCAACGUCAGCAGAAUAAGAAAUUCUCCUGUAAUUCCGAUUUGGUUUUAAGCCAACAGUCUCCUGUAGAUACAUGAGUGAUAUACUCAUCUCACUCUUGGCAAGAAAGUGAAUAAGAGCAUUUCCCAAAAUGUCAAACUAUUCCUCUAACUGUGGGUGAAUAAUAGCAUAUAAUAUAACUAAUACAACUA